AUGAGUUUACGCCUAGCUAGCCGGCGGCUAGCACUCUCAGGCCCAUCUCCUGUCCGGCCCUCCCCCAUCCCCAAAUCCAGCAGCACAGCCCAAAUCCGCACAAAAUGGUCCGUCAACAUCUUCAAAGGCUGGGGCAAGUCCGGCAGCAAGGACUCUUCCGCCAAGGCACCCACAGACGCCACCUCCGAGCUCGACGACCCCAAGAAACGAGCCGCCUUCCUCGAGCGGAACAUGCACGGCUCCGUCUCCGACAACAUCUUCCAGGACGAAAUCGACGCGGCGAAACCCUCAGCCGAGUCGGAAGCCCCACAGCAGCAGGAGCAAAAGACGCGCGAGAACAUGGCCAUGGUCACGGAUCCUGACCCCAGGAGCAGAAUACGCUGGCAGCGCAGAAAAGUGAUUCAGAUGGUUCGCAGUAACGGCGCCAUCUCGAAGGAGGAACGGAUCAAGGCUUCGGAGAGGCAGCUGCUGCACAGGAGUCAUUUUAUGCCUACUAGCGUCAAGAAAUUGGUCAUGUUGUCGAGGCAAAUUGCUGGUAAGCCGGUUGAUGAGGCGAUUUCGCAGAUGCAGUGGUCCAAGAAGAAGAUGGCUGCUGAGGUCAAGUACUACUUGGAGGAAGCGAGGGAUCUGGCCAUUGCGCAGAGGGGCAUGGGGCUGGGCAAGGUGAAUGGGGAGGUGUUGGAGAAGCCGAGGAAGAUAUUGACAAAGGAUGGCAAGUGGAUUGAGGUGACGGACCCGACGAGAAUGUAUGUUGCCCAGUCGUGGGUUGGGCGUGGACCCUGGAGAGGAAAAGAGAUUGAUUACAAAGGUCGUGGGCGGAUGGGUAUCAUUCAACACCCUAGCACAAGCUUCACGGUUCUUCUGAAGGAAGAGAAGACGAGGAUACGAGAAUAUGAGGAACGGGAGGCUAAAAAAGCGGCCAAGGGUCCGUGGGUGCAUCUACCCAACCGUCGUGUCCAUGGUCAACGCCCCUACUACUCGUGGUAG